AUGUUGAGGCUCCUCUCCUUGUUGGGUUUGCUGAUCUGGCUGCAGCCCUCUGUGGCUCCACCAGUCUCUCUCCCAGGCAGUCCUCUGUCUGAUGGUGAGUACCAGAUUUUCUUCUCCAAAUUGAGGCCCUCAUGGAAGGCACGUGCUGCCUGCCGGCUACGACGCGACUAUGGCUGUUCCAGCCCUGAAGUCCUGCAGCUGGACAAGGAGGAGAACCACGGCUAUAUCCCUGAAGGGCCCAUCUGCUCUGAUUUCCCAGAGCAACUGUGGUUUAUGAACUUCUGCCAGUUCGCCCAGUACCGAUGCUCCAGUCACAAAUUCUACCUCAAGCGAAUCCUGUGUUCACGUUUGUCUCCUCCAAAAAAUGAUCUUGUCCAGCCAGAGCGAUCUUAUGGUGUGGACUCCUGGGCAAACGACAGAAGCUCCCUUGCAAUCCCAGGACAGGCUUCCCGUUUGGAUAUUGACAGAUUUCUGCAGGCCAAUGUGGAUGCUCUCCUCCAGUAUUCCUUUGCGCUGUCUGGUCUGGAACCAGUGCGUAAGCAGCACCCCUCUGCCAUGGCACGGGCGCAGGAAGCCCCGCGGGUCAUGGAGCUCCCUGUGCCGCCACGAAGCCAGCCUGUCCCAGACGCCCCUGCAAACCUGCCUGCCAGGCUGAAAGGCCGGAACCAAGCUUAUAUGACCUGGCAGCAGCGCCUGCAGCAGAACAUCCAGCGGCUGCUAGAUGUGAUUCGCUCCUUGGAGACACCACCGAGCACAGGACCACCAGCCUCCGGCACCAAGGAAGACCAGGGGAGCACAUCCAGCCAUGCUGAGAAGAGUGCACAGGAAAUGGCUGCCAGUGGCAGCCUUUUAGCUCUGGAUAAGAAUGAGGCAGUGACGAUCCUCUGCCGUGCAAUACAGGAUGAAAACUGUAUCUCAUCAGUGGUUACCCAGGCCUGGAAACAAAUGGAAGAAAAAGACCUUGGCUUCGGAGAGUUGGUGUGUGACAGUCUUGGGCGGCAUCACAUGGCCCUGUGUCCUGGCUGCGCUUUCUGCUCGCUGAAGAGGGAGCAGUGCCAGAACACCACCAACCUGAGACGUGUUAAUUGCAAGACAGGCAAUUUCGUCUCCUACAUCAACCCCCAGAUCGCAGCUGAGCAUCAGGCUGCAGGCAGUCAGGUCAGAUCCCCGGCUGCCUGGGAGUACAAUGGCAUGACGGCUUACAGCAAGUCGAGUGAAGAGUACUGGUGUGGCCACUUGGGCAUGCAUGGCUGUGACGACCCGCGUGUGGCCCUCUGGCUGCAAGCAGAAUACACUUCCUUUCAAGCUGGGGAUGCUCCAGGCCAGGUCUGUGAUUCAGGUGGAGUUCAAUACCCCAAUUACUGCGCAUUCAAGAGCCACCAGUGCCUGCAACAUAGCCUCCAAAACCGAAGGGUGUCUCGUGUUGCCUGUUCCCAGAACAAGACCUACCAGAUGCUGAGUGAGGAGGAAGGAAAGGAAGAGGUACUGCUGUGGCACCGCUGGUUCCUCAGUCUCAUGAGGGAUUAAGUGCAAUAGUGACAACCACACAGA